AUGGCCAGCAAAACGACUUGCCAGCUCAAGCACAUGGCAUCAAGGGCCAGUUUUUGGAAGCAGGAGUUUCCCGGGGUCAAGGUUGGCCCACAUGGCAUCCUAUGCAAAAUCUGCCAAAAGGCAAAUGUGAAUUCACUGUGGGCAUCUGGCAAAGGUGGAAGAGGCCGAGGAAAAGUCUGGCUGUCCCACAUAAAGCAGCAUACUGAAACUAGAGCUCAUCGGCUUGCAGCUGGAACAUGUAAUUCUGCACAAGUUAAAGGGCAUGCCCUCGUGAACGGUGUGGUGGUCCCUCAUGCGACUGUUUUUCGCUCUGUCAUCCAAUGCAUCCAGCAAAAAGAGAACGUUAACAAAACCAAGGUUGGCAAACGUUCCAUGAAGAGAAAGCUGUUGUAUUGCCUGGGCCAAGCAGCCCGCAUGCUGACGCUGAAGAAACUGGAUAUGUCUUCUAUUGUAUCUUUGCAGCAGGACCCACGGAAGCAUCGGAUGGCUUUGCGCUACAGUGCCUGCAGCAAGGAAACUAUGGAGCACUUUCAUGGAUUCCUGGGGGUAUUUGACCAAGCUGAACACCAGGAUUUGACGGCCGUGGGGUGUAGAGAUGCAACAGUUGGAAUCUUGAAAAAAUUGUGCAGCCCAUCAUCACCAGUGCCUUACAAGUCUGACAUGUUGCCACUUGAUUUCCCAGAAGUUUUCGAUUCGUUGCAGCCGAAAAUCGAACAAUUUUGCUCAGAUGCAGCAGGUGAUGAGCUUGUGGCUUCGGAACUUCUUCAACAAGACUUCCAGAACCUACGUGUUAGAAGCAAAGAUUCUGCGCAUGCAGCCCGCAGGAUUGCCAGCAGAUGCACAAAGGCAGAUGGCUACCUGAAUCAGGUGCUCAGGUGCUAUGUCACUGGACCACAAAGCCCAGCCCAGCUCUUGCAAUUCCGACCCUACUUUGCGAAACGGUUUGCCAACAUGGUCAAAGCCAACAAUGGAUGGAGGUGUAAAAACUUACGGGCUGCCAAGCACCGCUUUGAAUCAAUACAGAAACCGACUGGCAGAUUGGUACUCCAUAUGCGACCGCUUUUGAUCUGUAUGGAAUCCCUAUGUCGUGAACGUGUUGGAAAGGUUGAGGGGAAUUGCGCCAAAGAGUUUCUGGACCGGUGGAAUGUUGAAGAAGCACUGACUUUAGCAGCACUAGCUGAUGCUCAUGAUGAAGCUUUCCUGGUGACACGGGUUGCUGAUUCCGACGGAAUGGAGCCUUCUGAUUUGCUACAUGCAAUGCAACAGUUCUUGAAGAACAUUGACCACCUAUUCACUAAUGGUCACCUUUGGAACAUGCCUGGCACCUACUCCAGCUUCUUGAUGGAGACCCUGAAAGUACCACUGCUGUUGAUACACAAGGGGAAACAAUUAGUUCUUGGUGGAGAACGUGCUAUCACCCCUGAGAUCAAGCAUCGGGUACUGGGAAGGUUUCUUGGCUUUGGUGGUCGAAGUAACAUGUCUCUCCUACUGCUGUUUCUUUACACGAAGUGA